CCCACUCCCGCGAUCGCAUCUGCCCAAAAAAAAAAAGGUUGCUUCGACCCCUCCAUCGCACCUACACCACAAAUUCAUAUUCACCAAACCAGACUCGCAACCAUGGCGUUUUCAUUCUCCUUUGCGGGAGACGACAUUGAUGAGACCGCUGCGCCAGUCGCUCUCCCGCAACCUGCGCAGCAAUCCGCAUUUCCUGUCCAGGGCAAGCCAAUGCUGCCGCCAACCCUGCACCACAUCGACGAACUCCUCGCCACAUUACCGUCCAAGAUUGCCUUUUCCGGCCUUCCUGUCGCACUAGAAGAUGCAGCAAACUCCGAAAUCACUCUCCCUCGCCGCGAGCUCUGGGAUGUGCGCUUACAGCUCAUGGCUGAGGACGGCAACCCCUCCAACGAUACUGCGACCUCUGCAUCUUCCGGCCUAGGUACACACGACGUCAAGACGGGCGUAUACGAAGGCGGAUUCAAAUCAUGGGAGUCAAGCGUCGAUCUAGUCAAAGUGCUUGCUGCCCAAGAUGCACUUGCGCCACAAUCCAACCCCGUCACUGUUAUCGAACUCGGUUGCGGUACCGCCCUCCCCUCCCUCGCCCUCCUUCAAACCAACACCACAAACACUCCCAAGACCUUUAUCCUCGCCGACUACAACCCGACCGUUCUCCAGCACGUUACACUUCCCAACGUCCUUCUUACAUGGGCCGUAGCCAAUGCUCCUCCAUCAUGCUACAAUGAAGACAACGAACUCGAAAUCACACCUGAAGUGCUGGAUGCUUUCCGUGCAUACCUGGCAAACACAAAUACUAAUCUAUACUUCCUUUCUGGAGCUUGGGGCCCCGAAUUCGAUACGUUGUUGACAAGCCUCCUGCCCGAGCAGCCAACAAAUACCCUGCUCCUCGCUGCCGAGACUAUAUACUCCCCAUUCGCGCUCCAGCAAUUCACUUCGACCCUAUUUAGUAUCCUUAAUCACGACCAUGGACGCCAAACGAUCUCCUUGAUCGGCGCAAAGAAGCUUUACUUUGGUGUUGGCGGUUCUCUUGACGAUUUCGUGGACACUGCUCGAGCCAAUGGCGGUGCAGUCGAGUACCUCCGCGAAGAGACGGAAGGCGUCCGUAGAGGAGUUGUUAAAUGUACAUUAUCACAAUAGAUACAACGAAACAUAAAGACCAUAUAUAUAAAAUAAAGACACUUCAUGACAAGUUUCUUG